CAAUGACCAUUCAUGUUGUGUUGGAAAAGAAAAGAACAGAGGAAGCUUAUGGCAGCAGCAGAGGCAUUGACACUUAUAGGGACCUACAGGAGGUUUAAGCCACACCUCCUCAUGGUUUUGGCUCAGAUGGGCUAUACUUUCUUAUAUUUCAUCACAGAAGCUUCCUUUAAUCAUGGGAUGAACCCUCAUGUAUACAUUACUUAUCGACAUAUUGUCGCUGGCUUAGUGAUGCUACCAUUUGCCUAUUUUCUUGAAAGAAAAAUAAGGCCUAAUUUGACAUUAGCUCUGUUUCUGGAGAUUUUUGUUCUCUCUCUUUUGGGGGUAGGUUUGACUCUAAAUAUGUACUUUGCAAGCUUGAGAUACACCUCUCCAACCUUUCUUGCAUCAAUGGUCAACACCAUAGCAUCCCUAACUUUUGUAAUGGCAGUAGUACUCAGAUUGGAGGUUGUUGAUCCUGGAAACCCUCGUGGGAUAGCCAAAAUUCUAGGAACUUUGGUUUCCUUGGCUGGCGUGACGAUCAUGACUUUGUACAAGGGACCCCUCAUGAAAAACUUAUGGCAUCCUCUAAUCCAUAUUCAAGGAAAUGCAGUAAACCAUGAGAACUGGUUGAAGGGUUCGAUUCUUACAGUAGCAAGCUGCAUAACAUGGUCUAUAUGGUACAUAAUGCAGGCAUUUACAUUGAAAAGAUAUCCAGCACAAUUGUCACUGACCACAUGGAUGAACUUUGUUGGAGCUGCACAAUCAGCUGCGUUCACAGUGAUUGUAGCACAUGAAAAAGCCUCUUGGACCAUUGGUUUCAACAUUGACUUGUGGUCUACUAUAUAUGCUGGUGUUGUGGUCUCUGGCUUAAUAAUCUUCAUUCAACUAUGGUGCACAGAACAAAAAGGACCAGUUUUUGUAACAAUGUUCAAUCCCCUUUCCACAAUAUUAGUGGCAGUUCUAGCAUACUUUGUUCUGGGCGAAAAACUUUAUAUGGGCAGUAUACUAGGAGGAGCUAUUGUCAUUUUCGGUCUAUAUUUGUUGUUAUGGGGCAAAGAAAGUGAUGGAAAAGAACUGAAGCCAAAAGAGCAAUUUUAUGAAGAGCAUAAAGACCCUAAAACACAGGUAUAGAGAGGAUUUGGAAGAAGAACCAUAAGGAAGUUAUAAUCAUUUCCUUCACCAGCAGAUGAGGAGGUCACUGCCAAGACAUUUCUGAUCAAUAAAACAAGAAGAAGACACGAGUAAGAAAGACACUGAAUGAACUGAAGUUCAUUUUUCGGCCUUUGAUGUUGCUGAGUACUUAUCUUGGUACCAUUUUUCAUAUAUAAAUGGAUCAGCUGCAUCAAGUUCAGACUCCAAUUGUGAACAAAUAGACUUUGAAUAUUUUUCAUUGAAAAAAGUUUGUAAAUCUCUCUGUAUAAGGAGCAUAUGAAACUAGAUGAUCACAUUACAAACA